CGAGGAUGCCCGCCGAUGUUCGCGCUGCUGCAGGCACUGCAGGGGCCGCUGGGGCCUCCACGGCCUCGACCCCGAUGGCGGCGAGCAGACCGAGCUGACCAGUGACGAGGGGAACAUGGUGUCGACGAUGGCGGCCGCGGUGGCGCUGCUCGCGGUCGCGUGUCUGCUCCCGGCCGCCGCCAAGACCACCACCACCGUGCCCACCGUCUCUUUGCGGAGCUCCCCGGUGGACCGUCUGCAGAAUGUGACGCAGACCAUCUCUCGUGUCCUGGAAGGCUACGACAUUCGGCUGCGUCCCAACUUUGGCGGCGAUCCCCUUUACGUGGGAAUGGACCUGACCAUUGCAAGUUUCGACUCCAUUUCCGAAGUCAACAUGGACUACACCAUCACCAUGUACCUGAACCAGUACUGGAAGGACGAGCGGCUGGCCUUCAGUUCCGGGGAGGAGGUGCUCACGCUGUCGGGGGACUUCGCGGAGAAGAUCUGGGUGCCCGACACCUUCUUCGCCAACGAUAAGAACAGCUUCCUGCACGACGUGACGGAGCGCAACAAGCUGGUGCGUCUCAACGGGGACGGCUCCAUCACCUACGGCAUGCGGUUCACCACCACGCUCGCCUGCAUGAUGGACCUGCACUACUACCCGCUCGACAACCAGAACUGCACCGUGGAGAUCGAGAGCUAUGGCUACACCGUGAUGGACGUGGUGAUGUACUGGAAGGACCCCAAGGACGGCAAGCAGGGCGACUUCCUGGAGGACGAGGGCCCGGUGCGCGGCGUGUACAAGGCCGAGCUGCCCCAGUUCACCAUCAUCGGCUACGAGACCAACGACCGCAAGGAGCGGCUGGCGACGGGCAUCUACCAGCGGCUGUCGCUGUCCUUCCGACUCCAGAGGAACAUCGGCUACUUCGUCUUCCAGACGUACCUGCCCUCCAUCCUCAUCGUGAUGCUGUCCUGGGUGUCCUUCUGGAUCAACCACGAGGCCACCAGCGCCCGCGUCGCCCUCGGCAUCACCACGGUGCUGACCAUGACCACCAUCUCGACGGGGGUGCGGUCGUCCCUGCCGCGCAUCUCCUACGUCAAGGCCAUCGACAUCUACCUCGUCAUGUGCUUCGUGUUCGUGUUCGCGGCCCUGCUGGAGUACGCCGCCGUCAACUACACGUACUGGGGCGCGCGCGCCAAGAAGAAGACGACCAAGGACAAGCAGGACGAGAAGCGGGCCGCGCAGGCCGCCAACGUGUCGACCAAGGACUGCUUCUCGCUGACGACGACGGCGCGCGACUCGCUGGAGGCGGCCGAGCCGCCGCUGUCGCCGCUGCCGUACCUGCGGCAGGGGGGCCACGGCCUGGCGGCGGGCGCGGCGCGCGGACCCGUCGCUGUCCCCCCCUCCUCCUUCCCGCCGUCGUUCCGCAUCGCGCGCGCGUCGUACGCGGUGCCCGGCGGACACGGCGGCCACGCCGGCCACGGCCUGCGCUUCCGCGGCCCCAGGGGCGGCCCCAGGGGCGGCCCCGCGCACCGGCCGCGCGUCCUGCACGCCCUCAAGAAGGGCGCCUCCGCCAUCAAGCAGUCCCUGCCGCGCAUCCGCGACGUCAACAUCAUCGACAAGUACUCGCGCGUCGUGUUCCCCAUGUCCUUCGUCCUGUUCAACGCCAUCUACUGGAUCUUCUACGUGGUCGUGGCGGGCUGAGCGCUGCGCCAUGCCGCGCCAUCGUGUGUGACUUUUUUGCAAGCCGCAUUCAUGGCUGGGCGUGUGUCCUGUUUCCAAUGCCGCUGGAACAAGUGCGCUGAUUGGCUGGACCGGAUCCCCGCCCGCCAAUCAGGCUGUUUUGAAAACCCACUGCCAACACAACGCGCGCGUGCCUUGAGAGGCCCACCUCAUUUGUAUUUGUCUUGUUUUUGUUGCCUAUUUUCAAUGACUGCUUCUCGCUCAGUAAAAAGAAUAGAGCUUGGACUCUUUCGGUUCCGACUCGUCCGCUGGUUCAGGAAAUCAAUUUACGCGUGGCAUACUUAUUUUAUAGGGACUGUACUGAUUUAAACCGUACUUAUUUUAUGAUUUAAGGAAAUGAAGAUGAUCUAUGUUUAACACUUUUCAGUGUGCUCCAAUCUAAACUGUUUAUUGCUUCGUCAAAUGGGUCGCUUGGACGAUUCGCCAUUGUUUGUGAUCUCAGCCAUUUUUCAGUGUAGCGAGCAGCGAAUCCAAUCGUUUUGCCGCAGUAUUAUUGUAACAUUUUGUGUCAUUCGUCCCAUUUGUUUUGUUUUGUGAAUGUUCAUAAUUAAUGAAUACAUAAUGUUAAGCCCACACUUGCUUACCCAUGCUUCCAGGUAGUGUGCAAGUCGACCGUCGUAGUGUAUUGCCGUUGUGUACGUAGGAUUAUUUUAAGUGUGAGGUUUCACUCAUUGAACCAUAGAUCUCUAAGAGAGAAAUCAGAAGUUAUCUUGUUUGUCUGCCGAGCCGUUGUUUUUACCGCAUUGAAAAUGUCUCAUUAUGAUGGUCACUCUAUGCUAGAAUUGCCAAUGAAUAAAAACGAUUCAAUCCUACUGAA